UGGCAGGAAGUGCCUGUUUCGCUCUGUGCAAGCAGCUUCUUCCCCCUUCACCAUGGCAGUCUGGACACGAGCCUCCAAGUCUGGGCUCCUGGACCUUCUGCUGCAGGACCACUGGGUGCGCGUCCAGGCUGACCUGACUGGAGAAAGUUUGAGCCUGACCUCAGAGACUGAACCCUACGGAAGUCUAAACGGUCUCAGCAAUGGCACCGAGUUGGUCCAUGGCAGCCCCCGAAGGGGCCCCGCUUCUCCUGGACGCCCCGGAGCCAACUCUCCCCGGGCAGGUUCAGAUUGCGGAUCAGAAUCUGGUCUCGGCAGCCCCGGAGCUCGCUGCCCUUUGGAUAGUCCAUUGGUGGACAUGCCAACGCGGAGAGUUCGGGUGGUGAAGCAGGAAUCUGGAGGGUUGGGGAUCAGUAUCAAGGGAGGGCAAGAAAACAAGAUGCCGAUUCUUAUCUCAAAGAUCUUCCCAGGACUGGCAGCAGAUCAGAGUGGGGCAUUAAAGGUCGGAGAUGCCAUCCUGUCUGUGAACGGGUCUGAUUUACGGAGCGCAACCCACGAUCAAGCUGUACAAGUGCUCAAAAAAGCCGGCAAGGAGGUGACAUUAGAAGUGCGCUUUCUGCAAGAUGUCUCUCCGUACAUCAGGAAGGCAUCGCUGGUUGGGGACCUGCCGUGGGACAGCCCUGCACACAGCGAUAACUCGGGGUCUCCAAAGCACAUAUCCAGAGACUGCAAGGUCAUCCCCUUAAAAAUGUGCUACGCAGCGCGCAACCUCAGCAUGUCAGACCCCGAAGGCAGGUUGGUGGAACUGCGCUCUCCAGACGGGGCACACUCCGUCGUGCUCCGGUGCAGAGAUUCAGCCUCAGCACUGUCCUGGUCUCAGGCUCUGCACAGUAACAUCACCGCUCUGCUGCCUCAGGUCCUCGCGGAGACCCAGCGCAUGUUGGGAGCUACGAGUGAGGAUCUCAGAUACCUGGGCUGGGUUGCUGAACAGGUACCUCAGGAAGACGGACGCUCCAGUUGGCACCCAGUGCUCACUGCGGUUUCUCAGAAGGACUUUCUGCUAUUUGAAGCAAUGCCACGGACAAGAGGGGAAUGGGAGAGUCCAAAACAGCGACUGCCUCUUAUAUCUACCAGGUUGGUCCACUCGGGUCCUGGACAUGGAUCACCCUCGCUUGGGUCCCACCUAACCUUUGGCACUCGUACAGGUUGUCCUCAGGGCAUUGAGACACAUGUGUUUCGAGUGGAGAAUCAAAGGGAUCUGUCUGCAUGGACCAGGACAUUGGUGCAAGGUUGCCAUGCUGCCGCAGAACUCACCCAGGAAGUCACCGUCAGCUGCACACUGCGCGGAGAAGGCGUCUCACUCUCCAUACACUACGACACAGGGUUCACAGUGUGUCGUGGGGAGCCCUCAGGACCAGUAUUGCACAGAUAUCCUUUUGAGAAGCUCCGGAUGUCAGCGGACGAUGGAAAAAGAAACCUUUAUCUGGAUUUUGGGGGUCCAGAGGGAGAGCUGACCCUGGAUUUGCACACGUGUCCGAAGCCUGUUGUUUUCCUGUUGCACACAUUCCUAUCUGCUAAAGUCACUCGUAUGGGUCUGCUAGCCUAAGACUACAGUGCCAUCCGCAGGACACCUCAAUUCAACGCGCACACAGCUGUCCUCACUACAGUGCCUUCCGGUGGAAAUCAGAUGCCGUAAUACAGAGACAGAAAUGGCCAAAGCCACUACAAGCUUGGGGGUCAAUACUUCUCCCCAUUACCAGCGACGCUGAGACGUAGACUGGUGGCAUUGCAGAAUGUGGGUUAAAAGCAAGGGAGCAGAUUUUUUUAACAGAUUUUUAAAGCCUCUUCCACACUACAUGAACAAAAUUAUCGAAACUGCAGGAAACUACAUAGAUAUGGUAUAUCGCAAGGAACCAAGAUCUGACUGUUGAAUAGGUUUUGGACCAGAAACAGCAGUUUAGCUUUUUUUAAAUUUUAUUUUCCUGCAAACAAGUGAAGUCUAAAAGAUACCCGUGAGACUAGCAGACUGUACAUAGCAGACGGAGACAAUCACACAGCUUAUGCAUCCUUCUACCGAGUCAGUGCUGGGCAGACGUCUUUUCUCGGUAGCAAGAAUCUCUUUGUAUGGUUUCUCGUGAUCUCUGGGAUUUAUUUUAAAAUGCAAAAAAAAUUAUUUUAUGACCAAAGUGCCUUCGAGUCACUGCUGCCUUAGCAAGUUUAGUCACACAAAAAUAUAUAGCGUAUAUUUUGUAGCCUACACACGCGAUAGGAAGUGUGAAUGUGUGUGUAUAUACACUCACGCAUAUUGAACUCAAGAGUAUUUAAUGAAAAUAUAUAUUAAAUAUAUAUGCAUAUGUACAUAUAUAGGUAAUACAAAUAUGUAUACGUCAUAAUAAAUGUAAUGUUCCACUAUGAGAGAUGAAACUAAGGACUAAUGAUCACGUACGCACGUGGACAUAUAAACUUACUGCUGUUUUAGGCAGUUACCGCAGCUCGCCAGCCAAAACCGCGUCUUCUCCCGAACAGAACUGUCUCUCAUUGAUUUAACCAAAGAUUAGUCUUUGCAGGAAAAUAAAGGUGAUGUAUUCAAGCACAA